UUGUUGAUAGGGGGAGCCAUCGAUGAGGUGCAGCACAGUGGAAAAUCCCAGAUCGAAAUAAAAAGGCAGAGUAGUAAGGAGCUUCGGUGUGGCAAAUCCCACAUCGAAAAAUAGGGCUGAAGUGGGAAUUCAACAAAUCAAACAUUCAACCUUUUGCAAUAAUGUCAUCAUUGAAGGGUUCUCCAGAUUGAAGCUGAUUUGUCCUGGUCCUAGCUAGUACUAUCCACCUUGUAUGCAUGGCAUGGUUGUGUUAAAUGAUGAACAAGAAUUAUGUUUAUGUGACACCUAGCCUGGUGCAAGCAUUUCUUUUCUUCACUCAUCAUCAACUGUGCUUAUUGCAAGAAAAAUAAGCACUUAAGAUGUCUUGUAAGAACUUAAGAUUAGGUAGGAUAUACAUGCAAUGACCGCUAGCUCUGGAGCAAGCAUUUCUUUUCUUCACUUAUCAUCACCUGUGCUCAUUCCGAAGGACAUGUCCCUCCUAUUGUCGAACCUGAAUCUCCUAUUGGUUAGUUAGUUUUCCUUGUAAUGAUGAUCAUUAACGCAAAGCUGGGAAAACACAUUUAUGAGAGUAGUAGCAUGCACAGGGAUGAUCCCACAUCGGAAAAGGAAAGAAAUGGAAGAAAUGAAAGUGUCCAGCAGUGAAAAGAGCUCACUCUCAACUCUAGUGAUCAAGCCAAUAGAAUGCACCAAUCAGAAGAGGCAAUGAUAAUAACAUGAGGCAAAAUCAAGAGGCAAAAUCAAGUGUAGCGAGGAUGAAUAUGUUGAGUUGGUGGAGUAGACAUACAAAGCAAAAAUUGAAGGAAUUCAAGAAAAACUUGGACUCAAAGUCUAUAUAGUAACGUUGUGAUUUCAAAAAGUACUACAUCAAAUAAAUAGACAAAGUAGCGAGGAGGUUUGGAGCUGUAUUUCUAUACAUAUUGUGAUGUCCCACAUCGGUGAUUGAAAAGAAGGCACUGAGUUGCUAUUGUUACAAAGCAAUAGUGUUUGUUGUUGCCUCAUAUCCAUUUUCUACUCUAUUUAAUUUUACCAUCCUCUAUCAUUGAAAAAAUGAUUAACACAAUCUGUAUAAUUUAUGGAUUGUGUUAGUCAUUUCUUCUAUGAUAUUUGUGAGACUUUGUUUCCGUAAAUUACAUUGUAUCCAAAAAAAGUUACAAGUAUGUAUUACUUCAUACUUGUAUAAAAAAGUUGUUGGAUGGGUAAUGGCCCCCUCCAUAACUUGUAUAAAAUUUGUUUUUGUCUAAUGGUUGAGGCGAUGUUCGCUGGGAUGGGUGGCUGCGGCCCGUGUCUGCAGCGAUUUUCCGAUGAUGUUCUGUUUCCUGAGUCAGUUUCUGCAGGAAGUUGUGAGGACGGUGGUGUGUUGCGCGUGAGUGAUGACGUAUUGUUCCCGGAGAUGGCUUCCAAGUCUGGCCUUGAUGCGAGUGCGCCCUUGGUUGUCGUUGUUGCCAGCGCUUCUGAUGAUGGAGGGUCGCAAUUGGUGGAGAACGAAGAGGCAGGGUGGGCGCGGGCUCACAGUUUCCAAUUUUUGGCAAAUAAUGAUAAUUUAUUAGCUUUUAAUUUGGUGCUCUCUGGAUUUUGCUAUGCGGCUUUUCAUGUGAAGUCCACCUCUGUUUUUGCGGAUGACGGCUUGUUGGCUACUAGGGAAGGUGCUAGGGAAGGUAAUGAUGAUCCGAUCUCCUCAGCUUUUGAUGUUGGUUCUUUGAGUUUUGAUGGGUUUGGCUCUUUUCGUCCAACGCUUUCUCGCUUUGAGGUUGGUGCGUGUUUUGUGAGCGGCGGAGAUCUUGUUAGAGGCGUUAUAAUUUGUUCGGAUGCUUAUUCUAUUUCUGUGAGGGAGGAGGUUGCCUAUGAGGCUGGUGAUGUUGACUUUGUUGAUGAUCCCGCUCUGGAUUUCUCCCCUCCGAGGACUCGCCCUCGUGGUCGGCCCAAGAAAACUAAAGAGGCGAAGAUCACCUUGGGAAGUUCUCGGCGAUCUAGGGGUCGCCCUCGUAAAUAUGAGAGGUUGACUAUCGAUAUUGCGCCGGCGCCGCCUAGUCCGCCUUCCCCUUCAGGUCCUUAUUUCACGCGAGCAAAGAAGGCUUGGUGUCUGGCGCAGUUUGCAGGCAUGUCGUUCCCUGGUAGUGAUGACGAUGCCAUUCGAGGGUUGACCGAAGUUAUUAAAGAGAAUUUUCCUUCUAUGUGUUAGGUUGUUGGUGUUUUUAUCUUCUGGUUUGUUGUUUCUUUCUCUUGGUUAGUUUGGUUGUUUUUCCCAUCUUUUGGGUUGUACCCUUUCGAUUUAUUGAUUAAUAAAAUCUC